AUGGCAUCAUUAAUAAUUGAUUUACAAUUAUAUUUAUUUAUAAACAAUUUAAAUACAUAUUUUGAUAUUUUCUGUAUAUAUGAUAGUUCUUUAUCAGAAUCGUUAGAGUCUUCAUCAUCGGAAAUGACUCAAUAUGAAAAAUAUCCAAAAAAACAUAGAAAAAAUCAUAACAAUAGAUCAAGAAAGUAUCGAGAUGAACCAAAUGUUAAUUGUGAUGAUUCAAGAAAAAAUUGUGAUAAUGAUUUAGAAAAAGGACAUGAAGAUUUAUUGAGAAUAAGGAAUUGUGAUGAAUCAGAUGUUAUUCGGAAGAUGCGAGAAUUGCGUCCAAAUGAACUGUUACUAAAUGAAAAGGAAGAUGUUAUUAAUACGAGUGUCAAACCAGAUUAUAAAAGAACUUCUAAAUAUAAUAUAGCUAGUCUGUCAAAUACCAAAGGUUCUGAUUAUGAUGUAACUGGUCUAUCCAACAUCAAAAAGGAUUUCAGCUGUGAUGAUAAUCUAUCAAACAAAUAUUCACACCGAUCAUACUUCAAAACUGGUGAAAUUAUCGAUAAUGAAUCAUACUAUGGAGCUAAUGAAAUUACUAAUGAUGUAGUUUCUCUUGAUUCUGAUACUUCAGAUGAAGAAACGAAUAAACAUGAAAAACAUCAUCAUCCAAAAAUACCCAAUUACAUAUAUACUUUGGAUAUGGACAAAAACCUCUUAAUAGCAUUAAGAACUCAUAAAUUCUUACGAGAUUAUAUUGAUAGGGCAUUUAAUGAAAUAUCCAGAUCCACUCGUCAAAGAAAUCGUAUUCAUGACAAUGAAUAUUAUAUCAUUGGUGAUGCUCUGUUUAGGGCUCCUUAUUAG